AUGACGACACUAUGCUUAUUUGAACUGGUUCCGUACAGAUGGUUGGCUUCCGAAUCUUUAAUCGAUCAGAAGUACAGUGUUCAUUCAGAUGUGUGGUCAAUUGGUAUCGUGCUAUGGGAACUAUUUUCACUCGGAUUUAUGCCAUAUAACAAUUUGGCAAACUUUUUACAAAGCGGCAACAGAUUGAGUAAACCAGAAGCAAUGACUAAUAAUUAUAUAAAUUUUAGAUACGAUAUUAUGAUGUCAUGUUGGAAUACCGACCCUAAAUCACGUCCAUUAUUCGACAAUCUUGCCAAGACAUUUUCCGAUCUUAUGAAACCUGACGAUCUAGAGGAAUUUAUCGAUUUAAAUAAAUCGUUUAUGGACAAAUCAGUAGAAAAUGAUUGUUUGGCAUCAUGUGAUCUGGUUGAAAACGCUGAAAAUGAUGAAAAUCUACAGUCAUGCGUUGUUGAUUAA